AUGUCGCCCUACGAGGACCUCAAGCUUAUCUCAACAGUCACCACCGAGCGUCACCAUCGCCAUCGACUCAGUGAAGCGCAUUCUGAUUGGGAAGCCCGCGCUAUGCGUUCGACGCUUUUUUCUGGGACUGGGGCGCAGCAGCCGGACUCUGCCGCCGACGAGGAGGAGGAGUACGUCUUCGUCGCCUCGUCUGACGUGUCUUCUGCCGAGGACGCUCAUCACGAUCAGGCCUCCGCCGCCACAGAUCCAACGCCGUCAUCUGGUACGCAGCAGCCGGAACCCGCCAACGACGACGACGAGCAAAAGGAGGGUCGACGCGAUGACAUAGCUUCGCCUUCUGGUCGCGAGCGCCCCGAGCAGCGUGUAAUCAAUGUUGCACCGUCGGACUGCGUAGCGAGGGCGCAACGGUCGGCUCUUUCCCGCGCCGCUCAGGAUCUCUCCAUCACCAGCGAGUGCCAAAGCCUAGUCGAGGCGUGGGCUUCCCGGGAACAGUCCGACCAGGGCGCGUCGGCUGGGACUGCCACUAGUACAGCUGCCACUCGCCGGCUGCGCUUUCUCGAGGCGCCGGGCACUUUCCUCCUCGCCCACUUCGUCAGCUUCCUUCUUCUCACCUUUCCGCCCGUAAUCACAGGCCUCGACAUCUUGAACAAAACUCCAGCUACCCUAUGGCAGCUUUGCCUCUACGUCUUGACGUAUGCAAUCUGUGGGACGCUUCGAGACCUCUGGAUGGCGUAUAUGAGCUCUACAAAUGCGGGCACCACUCAACAGAAGAGAGCGAUCUCGGCGACGCAUGGAGAUUGCGGCACGGCUGUCGCGGCGAAGGCGGCGCGUGCGGCGCUUGUGUGUGCGGUCGGAGAGCUUGCUGGCAUGACUAGGAGUUUCUUAUUUAUGAUGGAGCAGUUUGAUUUUUUGGAUGACUUGGAGUUCAGGACUGAAGUGAAGUCUGGUUGA